AUGCUGGGUCUGGAGAGGGUUGGGCGUGGGCAGCGGCAGGCGCAGGCGGUGGUGGCAGUGGUGCUGGCGACCAAGAUGUACCAGGCUGAAGCUGGUGGGGACGCUCGGGGGGACGACGCGGCGGUGCCUGUGUCGACUGCCUCGGGUGUGCCACCUGCGCCUGCUCGUCAUGCGUCGGCGUCGGCAGUGUCGGGGACCGGAUCGUCUGGCUUUGGAGCGUUUGAAGCUGCGCCGGGUGGUGAAGGCGAGACUGGGCCCGAGGCGUCUGCGUUUGCGGCGUUUGAUGUUUCGCCGGGUGGCGAGGGCGAGACUGGGGCCGAGUCGCCUGGCUUUGGAGCGUUUGAUGCUGCGCCGGGUGGCGAGGGCGAGACUGGGGCCGAGUCGCCUGCGUUUGCGGCGUUUGAAGUUGCACCGGGUGGCGAGGGCGAGACUGGGCCCGAGUCGCCUGCGUUUGCGGCGUUUGAAGUUGCACCGGGUGGCGAGGGCGAGACUGGGCCCGAGUCGCCUGCGUUUGCGGCGUUUGAUGUUUCGCCGGGUGGUGAAGGCGAGACUGGGGCCGAGUCGCCUGCGUUUGCGGCGUUUGAAGUUGCACCGGGUGGCGAGGGCGAGACUGGGGCCGAGUCGCCUGCGUUUGCGGCGUUUGAUGCUGCGCCAGUUGGCGAGGGCGAGACAGGGCCCGAGUCGCCUGCGUUUGCGGCGUUUGAUGCUGCGCCAGCCUCUGACGCUGCUCUCGCAGUCGAUGCGUCCGUCUCACCGUCGUUUGCUGCCUUUGACGCUCCUCUGUCGGCCACCACUCCGGUUGGAGCUGUCGCGCGCUCUCCCAUUUCUUGCGAAGAAGAGGCUGUGUUUGCUCCUGCUGAGGCACUUGACCCUGCCUUUCACGCGUUCCUACACCCGUCGGCUCCGGUCACGCCCGCUGUGGCCACCUCCAGCUCUGUCUUUGGCAGCGAAUCAGCUGCCGAGCUCGACCAACCCCCUGUCGAUGAUGGAGCAUCUGUUGCGUCUCUCGACAGCAUUCCCAGCCAGGCCUCGCCUCUGACGGUAGACUCGUCUUGCCAUGCUUUUGCUCAUCCGUCUGCUCCGGUUGUUGCUGCGGAUUCGGACUUGCCUAAGGGAAGCGAGUUAUUACGAAUGGCUGGCGAGACAUCUGUGACUGACGCCGAGGGAGUGUCGGCCAACCAGGCCAGUACUGCUGCCGAUUCCGAGGCGAUUACUUCGAGUGGUUGUGUGUCCGAUUUUGCCGAGCCUAUUGACAACGGCUUUGGCGGGUUCGAGGCCAACUUUUCCUCUGCCGACUCCACCGAUGCUGCGGAUCCGGCCGAUCCCGCGGAGCCGACCUCGGCGGAGCCUGCUUUGGGCGGUUUCGAGGCCAACUUUGACGAGCCCGCGGACGACGGCUUUGGCGGGUUCGAGGCCAACUUUUCCUCUGCCGACCCCACCGAUGCUGCGGAUCCGGCCGAUCCCGCGGAGCCGACCUCGGCGGAGCCUGCUUUGGUCGGUUUCGAGGCCAACUUUGACGAGCCCGCGGACGACGGCUUUGGCGGGUUCGAGGCCAACUUUUCCUCUGCCGACCCCACCGAUGCUGCGGAUCCGGCCGAUCCCGCGGAGCCGACCUCGGCGGAGCCUGCUUUGGUCGGUUUCGAGGCCAACUUUGACGAGCCCGCGGACGACGGCUUUGGCGGGUUCGAGGCCAACUUUUCCUCUGCCGACCCCACCGAUGCUGCGGAUCCGGCCGAUCCCGCGGAGCCGACCUCGGCGGAGCCUGCUUUGGUCGGUUUCGAGGCCAACUUUGACGAGCCCGCGGACGACGGCUUUGGCGGGUUCGAGGCCAACUUUUCCUCUGCCGACCCCACCGAUGCUGCGGAUCCGGCCGAUCCCGCGGAGCCGACCUCGGCGGAGCCUGCUUUGGUCGGUUUCGAGGCCAACUUUGACGAGCCCGCGGACGACGGCUUUGGCGGGUUCGAGGCCAACUUUUCCUCUACCGACCCCACCGAUGCUGCGGACCCGGCCAAUCCCGCGGACGAUGGCUUUGGCGGGUUCGAGGCCAACUUUGGGCCGACGGGAGAGUCGGCCGACUUUGGCACGUUCCCAACGACAUUUGAGAAUCCAGCUUCCGAUGCUGACGGCUUCGGCUCGUUUGAGGCGUUUGGCGAGCCGAGUGCUGCUGCGGACACCGGGUUUGGCGAUUUUGCGGCUGACGCCGACUUGCCGGCUGUGACGUUUCCUGCGUUUGACACAGCGCCACAAGCCCAGCCGCCAGCCGCGAGCACCGGCGAGGAUCGGCUGAACGCAGUGGAGCGUCUUGUUGAAGGCAUGUUCCCGGACAUGGCAGCGGGCGAUGCUGUCGCGGCUACGGAUACGUACAAGGAGGAGCUCACAGAUGGAAGCGAGGCCGCAGAGCUGCUGGCUAAGCUGUCGGGCGAGGCGCGCGUUCGGCCGACCGGCAAGCGCAUGUUUGAAGUCUCGUUCUGCUACCAGACCAUGCUGGCGUCGUAUCACCUUCCAUCACUGGACAAAAUUGCCAUGCAGGCCAAGGCGCCGAUGCACCACCUGACGCCGCUCAAACCGACCCGUGCCUCGUCGGACUUUUCGGUGUCGCCGCCGGCGUCGCCGGUUGCCGAGUCGGCUGGCACGUCCGGGAGCUCGGGGCGUAGCUCGCCGAUGGCUGCCAAGCCUGGAUCUUUCGAUUCGGGCCUCUCGUCUGGAGUCUCUACACCGACAGGCGGUGUUGGAUCGGCCGGCAUCGAGUUUGAUGUCUCCAUCUUUGAGUCUGUCUCUGCUAGCAAGGUGUCAAGUCUUGAAAGCGCCGCAGCCAGCGGUUCGACUGGCGGAAGCUCAUGGCUCACCGACACCCUUGCAUCGUUUGGUCUUCCAGCUCCAGGCGGCGACACCACCGACAGCUUGAGCGCACCUGUGGCGCAGCCGGCGGCGACAGGCCCCGCUUCCUCUUCUGCGCUCCCGGACUGGCUGCUUGGAAUGACAGGCAAGAAGCUAUCCAGCGAAGCCGAGGCACUUCUGGAAGCCAUUCCAGAUUUGUCUUUCAUGUCGUCGCAGUUCCUCUCCUUGCCGCUGGCGAUGUUUGACACCUCGACGACUGUAGAUGCCGCCACUGCGGUCACGCCCUUGUCCGACGUCUCUGCCCCCUCUGAUCUCGCUUUGCACCUGAAAGAAGACGGUCUGUUGGGCGGUCACGCUGAGGUCGACGGUGAUGCUCUUGCGACGGAUCAGGAUGAUGCCACAACUGCCACCACCUCCACCUUUCCUUUGGCCGAUCCGGCCACCGCCGCGUUCUCGGCCUUCCCUUCAGCCGACGACGCUUCGGUCUCAGACAACCCGGCGACCGCCGCGUUCUCGGCCUUCCCCCCAGCCGACGACGCUUCGGUCUCAGACAACCCGGCGACCGCCGCGUUCUCGGCCUUCCCCCCAGCCGACGACGCUUCGGUCUCAGACAACCCGGCGACCGCCGCGUUCUCGGCCUUCCCCCCAGCCGACGACGCUUCGGUCUCAGACAACCCGGCGACCGCCGCGUUCUCGGCCUUCGACGACGCUUCGGUCUCAGACAACCCGGCGACCGCCACGUUCUCGGCCUUCCCCCCAGCCGACGACGCUUCGGUCUCAGACAACCCGGCGACCGCCGCGUUCUCGGCCUUCCCCCCAGCCGACGACGCUUCGGUCUCAGACAACCCGGCGACCGCCGCGUUCUCGGCCUUCCCCCCAGCCGACGACGCUUCGGUCUCAGACAACCCGGCGACCGCCGCGUUCUCGGCCUUCCCUCCAACCGACAACACGUUCGCCGCCUUUCCCCCGACCGACGACGCAUUUGCAGCGUUCCCUGCGUUCGAGUCUGCGUUUGCAGAGCCUUCGCCUGCUGCUGCUGACAAUGACUACGAUGAGGAAGACGUCGACGACGACGAGCGGUUCUAGUCCGUAAACUAGCCAGGG